GGAAGAGCGUUUUGCCGGCGGGGUGAAGUGGGCGGAGGCAGAGACACUAGGUAACGUCUGCCAAAUCGUGGAGAAAUGGGCAUUCUCUAUGACUCGAAUGAUUUUCAUAUACAAUCUUUAAUACCACAUCAGUAUAUCUCAACCAAAGAACUGCUUUUUCUUGAAUUUCCCUCUUGGACACCAUGGCGACCGAAACCGAGACUCUCACCCUCGAUGGCACCAAGCAUGUUCCUGAUCAACGGAAAUAUCUUUACUUGGCUGGAGUUAACGUGAUGCACUCCAUCGCCCCUCCUAUGCACAACUACAUUGCCCAAACGUUAGGCUUGCCAUGGCAGUUCAUCAACCAAGAAUGUCCCACGGUUGACUCCGUCAUGGAGCUCUUCCGCGCCCCCACAUUCGCAGGAGGCGUCGUUACAAUGCCUUACAAGAAAACAAUAAUUCCCUUCCUAGACGAAGUCGAUGAUCUUGUGAAGAUGCUGGGGGCGUGUAAUAACGUUUAUUUGACGAAAGAAGGGAAGUUAAGGGGAACGAACACGGAUUGGAGGGGGAUUAAGGGGUGUUUACUCUCGGGAACACCGGGCGGCGAGAACGAAGGGAGAGGGAAGCCGGCGUUGAUUAUUGGUGCCGGCGGAGCGAGCAGAGCAGCGUUGUAUGCACUGUUUGCGGAUCUGGAAUGCGGGGAGAUUUAUGUGGUUAAUAGGGAUGCUGGGGAAGUGGAGGAUUUGCUGGAGGAUUCGAAGGCCUAUGCUUUGAGUGAGGCGAGGCAGCCAAAAGUCCGUCAUGUUACGGCUGUGGAGGAGGUAGAGGGAUUGCAGGCGCCGUAUUAUAUCGUUGGGACGGUGCCGGACUUUGAAGCGAAGACGGAAGAGGAGAUCACGGCGAGAAGGAUAAUUGAGGGCCUUUUGGGGAAGGAGGAAAAGGGCGUGCUGCUGGAUAUGUGUUAUAAACCGCGGAAUACGCGGAUUCUGAGGAUGGGGAGGGAGAAGGGGUGGAAGACGGUUGAUGGGACGGUCGCUAACAACUUCACCGGCAUCGAAAUCUUCUUCGAAGACCUCGAAUACCUCGCACGCGCCGAAUCCAACCUGGCUACUUCUGCCACCCCUUCCCCCGAAGCACAACUCCGCGCCGCACAAACUAUCCGCACUCUCUGCGACGAACGGAGUCUCUCGAUUAUCGGCCUCCAGCCAUUCAUGCAUUACGAGGGCCUUCUGGAUAGAGAGGAACACACGGCUAGGAUUAAGAAGUUGGAGCUCUGGUUUAAGAUUGCGAAGGUGUUGGGGACGGAUGUUAUACAAAUCCCUGGGAAUUUCUUAGGGACGGACCAAAUCACCGGAGACUUGGACGUCGUCAUCCAAGAUCUGAAGGAAGUGGCGGACAUGGGACUUGAAGAAAGGCCGAUUAUCAAGUUUGCCUACGAGAAUCUUUGCUGGAGUACAUUUUUCGAUACUUGGGAGAAGGCUUGGGAUCUCGUUGAACGGGUUGACCGUCCGAAUUUCGGCAUGUGUCUAGAUACGUUUAAUAUUGCUGGGCGAGUUUAUGCUGAUCCUGCUGCUGCCGAUGGGAAAACACCGAACGCGGAGGAAGAUAUGAAGAGGAGUCUGGAGGAGAUGGUUAAGAGGGUAGAUAUUAAGAAGGUCUUUUAUAUUCAAGUUGUCGAUGCGGAAAAGAUGCGGAGUCCGUUGGUUGAAGGGCAUGCGUUUUAUGCUAAGGACCAACCGGCGAGAAUGAGUUGGUCAAGGAAUGCGAGGUUAUUUGCUUUUGAGGAGGGUGGGUAUUUGCCUGUGCUGGAUGUGACGAAGGCCAUUAUUCAGGGGCUUGGGUAUAAGGGGUGGGUGAGUAUGGAGCUGUUCUCGAGAACGAUGAACGAACCUGGGGGUGAAGUCCCAAAGGAACAUGCUCGAAGAGCGAGGGAGGCAUGGGAGAAGCUGGAGAAAGAAAUCACAGGAUGGCAGAGUAAGUAAUCACAACUGAAUCAAAGCAUGAACCAUCAACUACUUCG